GCUCUAUAGACAAGUAUAGCUCAGCAAAGAUGACGGAGCCUGCCGGACGACUCAACCAACCAAAAGCCAAGUGGAUUCUUCCCGCGUGGGGAAAGCUUCCAAGGUUCCGGGCGACCCGUAGAGAACAAAAUCUCACCACUCCUUCCAGCAGGCUUUCUUUUCAUGGAAUAACUUUCGGUCCCGUCCCAAUUCAAUCCUUCAUUCUCUUCUACUUAUCUAUUAUUCAACCCUGGUGCCGUCUCCGUCUCCACUGCCCACUUGUUACGAGGAGCCUCCAGCCUGGACCAACUACGCGACGCGCCAUCUUAUCAUCCUGCCUUAUCGCCUCGGGACGAAUUUUCUCCUUGAAGCGGCCCCCCCUAUCCUUUACUCUCUAGGCUCUACAGCUAAAGUCCCGAUUCUUUUAUCCCUCCGACCAGAUCCGAUCGCUUCUCCCUCAUCUAUCGCUAGCUUCCCUCCUUAUCAUCCUUAUCUCUCGCAAAGACCACCACCGACUGUGCUAUACCCUCGACCGACGGCUGCCACUGUGUCGUGUCAUUCUUCCCCAAUCAACACAUCAACAACCUACUCCUCUGCCAUCCACAAUGAGUGCUCGCACACGACGACAAAAGGCCGCCUUGGGCGUGCCCGCCGACGAUAGCGAAGAUCUGUCCACUGGAAAUGGCGGUCUCUCGACCUCAUCCAAAUCCACCAAGCGCACGCCUUCCAAAAAGAGGUCACGAUCCGCUCUCAAGGAAGAGGAUGAACAGGAGAACAUCUUCCUGUUCGCACCGAACCUCAUCGGGUAUUUCCGAGUUGUCCUUGCUUUCGCAUCCCUCUACUAUAUGCCCCUCCAUCCUCGCACAUGUUCUCUUCUUUACAGCGUGUCUUGUCUGCUCGACGCAUUGGAUGGAUAUGCAGCGCGUUACUUUAACCAAUCGACCACCUUCGGCGCCGUGUUGGACAUGGUGACCGACCGCUGCACGACCUCUUGCUUGAUUGUCUUCCUGAGCUCCGCCUGGCCCCGAUGGGCUAUCGUCUUUCAGGGCUUGAUCUGCCUGGACUUGGCCAGUCACUACAUGCACAUGUACGCUACGCUGAGUAUGGGUGGUUCCGACCAGAGUCACAAGAAGGUCGACUCCAGCCGCAGCUGGAUCCUCUACCAGUACUACCACAGCAGGGUUGUUCUGUUCAUUUGCUGCGCUCUCAAUGAGCUGUUCUUCAUCGGCCUCUACCUGCUCUCUUUCUCCUCGCCGAUCCUUUCGCCCUCGCUCCUCCAGCCCGUCGCCGGCACCCAGCCUUCCUCGGUGCAGCCCGGAAACCCCGCCAACCCCGUCCCCAGCAGCCUUUUCGCGAGCCCGUGGAGUGCGGGUGCCCUCGAGAUGGCCCGCGCCAACAAGAUCGAUAGCUUCUGGCCAUGGGUCAUCACCGGCAUCUCUGCCCCGGUCAUGUUGUUCAAACAAUUUGUCAACGUUGUUCAGCUAGUCAAUGCCAGCCGCUGGCUCGCAGAAGGCGACCGCCAGGCCCGCCGUGCCAACCGCAAAAAGUAACCUGCUGUGGAUGUUGCUGGAAGCGUGGCGUAGAUCAAUCUGGCUCGCCAGCUUCCGGUUAGUUGAGAAGUUCUUCCUUUUUGUCUUUCGCCCGACUUGUCCUCGGGUCCUGCAUGUCUUUGGAGCUUCGGUCGGUCUGUGAUUUUUUAUUCAGGGAGUCCCAUGGGCUGGUUAGCGCAAGAAGCUAUCACCCUAGACCUCCUGACGGAAUGUUUGAUUUGAUGGUUUCGAGUCAUACUGUGAUGAGCAUCUUUGGUAGGAUGGGGAAACGGUCUUCCCCUGGAAUGGUCUGAAUGUCGAAAGACCCUUGUAUAGGGCACACACAACGUUGUGUCUCCAUGCUGCUUUCACUUUGUUUUUUUUUCUUGUCGCUUCUUUUCAUACCUGUCUCUUCGAUCUUGUCGUUUUCACCUCAUUGUUCUUUUCCCCCUUCUUGGUCUGACCAUUCUUAAUGCCGCUGUUAUACAUCAUUUAAUGCAUGUCUUCUGAGUCUGAAACGUCAAGAUUUCGUAAAUAGCAUCGAUAAUAUAAGAUGAAAUGACUCAAAUCCAACCCUGGCGGCCCGC